AUGGUGUCCAACACGGCACCGCCAACCUUCUUGGCGCCCGCCACCGUCCAGUCCCAUGGAUUCCUAGGCUGGACACUAUUCAUCCUCUUGUUAUUCAUCGUCGCUGGCUUGCUCUACUGGCACACACAGAGCGGCCGCAAAGGGCCGAAAAGCGCCCGCCAUGGGGAGGCCGCCACUGCCGCCAGUGAUGGUCUCUGGCGACAGCGUUCUCGCAGUGAGAAGGCCCUCGACUUACAUCGAGGGGAAGAGGAGCACACUUUCUGCAGAACGAGAGGAGUCAUGAUACAGGUGGCUGAAGUUACCGAUGCCCUAUUAGAGAAGAGAAUAGGUUUUGAUUAUUCUUCUACAGCCUCCAACUGGGAUACUCAAAAUGAUGCUUCUUGGAAGGCCGUAACUAACAAGAAGGUCCCCAAGGGAGCCGGCAGUGAAGCGUCCACGGCUGUCGGGAGGUAG